GCAAGAAUGCAUAGUUUAUUGGCAAAAAAAUCAACUCCAAAUCAGAGGAAUUCAUACCAAAAACAACUAUUAGUAUAUAUUUGGAAAUGUGCAUUAUUUGUUAGUGUGUUCUGUUUAUUCUCUUAUUAUUCUAGUCUUAGAUGAUCAUCCAUUGCAUGCGAGUGAGUGUUCAGCCAUGUUGCAUCAUUUUGGAAUGUGAUCUUGUACAUGCACCAGUAGUCCAUGUACACAGUGAGUGGGUGUGGUUGUGUUUAAGUGUUAUGGCAUGUUUUAUGCUAUUGUCUUAAGCGUUACAGUAUAUAAACAGCUGCUCACCUUGUGACUCUUUCAGCAGUCUUGUUUUUAUUUUUCUGUCAUAACAGGUUUCUCAGCUCAAUUCUAAUCAUAACAAAUUAUUGCGAAAUACUCCUUUGUUCUUCACCUUUAUAUUUACCAUUCAUUCUCAUCACUGGAAUAAAUGGCAAAAGUAAACAUAAGCCAGCAGAAAUGAACGGGGCUGACAUAGGAAAGAUGCCAGGCAGCGGAGUUACAGGGAGUGAGGCAAAAGACCCAGUAGCCAAUGGACAUGCAGAGAAUGAGUCCAACCCCUUUGCAGAGUACAUGUGGAUGGAGAACGAGGAGGAAUACAAUCGGCAGGUGGAGGAGGAAUUGCUUGAGCAGGAGUUUUUGGAGCGCUGUUUCCAAGAGAUGUUGGAUGAGGAGGAUCAGGAUUGGUUCAUUCCAGAGAGGGACCUCCCCUCAGUCGGACAGAUUCAGCAACAGCUCAAUGGACUUUCUGUCAGUGAUGGCAAUGCAGAGGAAAUCUUGCGAAAGAGCAUCUUAAACCCUGAAGCCAAGGAGUUUGUGCCAGGGGUGAAAUACUAGGAUCACCAUUGUCCUCCUCUCUCAUACACGCAUCUGAUCAUAUAUGCAGAGACUGUUGUGCCCAUGUUUAGGAUGGUCACAUAAAUGCGCUCUUCUCCACAUUUUUGAAGGGGCAGGAAUACAGGAAUACAGGUUUUUUUUGUUUGUUUUUUUUUUUUGAAUGGGAGGGAGGUGAUUUGUCUAUCAGCUUUAUAAUUCUGUUAUGUAUAAACCAAGGGUAUUAAGUUGAAACAUGACCUCUAGGAGGUGCUGUGACUAGAUAAUAUACUCAUUACCAGGCUGUUUUAUUUUCCUCUACCCUUGUUGAAAGGGCUGUUCUUGUCAGCUUUCAUUGUUUCACAGUUUGUGCCUGAUCAGGUCUUUGCUUCUCCCGUUGUUGUUGUGUGUGUGCGCUUUUUUUUUUUUUUUUUUUUUUUUUUUUUUGAUGCAUCCGUUCACAUUCCUGAGUUUUAAGGGGUGUGGCUGGUGGUGGGCAGAGCCCCUUGGUUUGGAUUGAAUGCUGAGGAAAGUGUGUUGGGGAAUUCACGUGAAUUCAACUUUUGCUUUUGAAUUGAAUUCGUUACAUGCAGGACUGAAUUUCAUUUAAAAAAAAUAUGGAAGAAUGGCAAAAUAAAGAAAAGUUUGUAUUUAAA